GCGUCACGCAGCGGCCGCCAUCAGCACCGCGGCUGUCCGCGGUGCUGAUGGCGGCGACGCUCCACAGCCCCACGCUGCCGCUACUGCGCAUGUUGCAUGACAGGUACACGCAAGCCUCCAUCUUGGGCAUCCCGAGCCGAGGCGAAAGGGCAGCCGCCAUAUACACUCUGAUUCCAAAAUAACAACAAGCGGACGCGGAAAAGCCCUCCGCAGAAAUUGGCAAAUUGCCGAGAUGUAACUUUUCGUUCCUAAAUAUCAGUUUUGCUUCGGAGAGGUGAGCGGAGAGCAGAAUGGGAAAGAAAGACAGCGACUGGUCUGCGAGGCUCUGAUAGGCUUUUUUUUUUUUUUGUUGUUGGCACAAUCAGCUGUUGUGGAUUCAUUUUUUUCUGAAGAACUGACAGCAGAGAUCCCCGAACGGCUCCACUCAUACCAGGAUGGAGAUGAAAAAGUUUGCCAUCUUCCUCCUGGUCCUCUGUCUUUGUCUGGAGGGAGGAUAUACUAAAGAAAAAGGAACAAAGAAGGGGAAAAAGAAAGGAAAGCAGGUUUACUGUCCAUCACAGCUGUCGUCCGAGGAUCUGGCUCGAGUCCCCGCAAACUCAACCAGCAACAUCUUGAACAGGUUACUGGUCAGCUACGAUCCCAGAAUACGGCCCAACUUCAAAGGAAUCCCCGUGGAGGACAGAGUGAACAUUUUCAUCAACAGCUUCGGCUCAAUUCAGGAAACAACCAUGGAUUACAGGGUGAACAUUUUCCUGCGGCAGCGCUGGAAUGACCCCAGGCUCAAGUUACCACAGGACUUCAAGUCGGACUCGCUCACGGUCGAUCCCAAGAUGUUCAAAUGUCUCUGGAAGCCGGACCUGUUCUUCGCUAAUGAGAAGAGCGCAAACUUCCAUGACGUCACCCAAGAGAACAUCCUCCUCUUCAUCUUCCGGAAUGGAGAUGUCCUCAUCAGCAUGAGGUUAUCCGUCACCCUUUCCUGCCCGUUGGAUCUUACUCUCUUUCCAAUGGAUACGCAGAGGUGUAAAAUGCAACUUGAAAGCUUCGGCUACACAACGGAUGACCUGCAGUUCAUGUGGCAGACAGGAGACCCGGUCCAAAUGGACGCUAUUGCUCUUCCACAGUUUGACAUCAGACAAGAAGAUAUUGAUUAUGGAAACUGCACCAAAUUCUAUGAAGGAACAGGGUAUUACACUUGUGUGGAGGUUAUCUUCACCCUACGGAGACAAGUUGGCUUCUACAUGAUGGGUGUUUAUGCCCCCACGCUGCUUAUAGUGGUCCUUUCCUGGCUGUCUUUCUGGAUCAACCCUGAUGCGAGUGCUGCCAGGGUUCCUUUGGGUAUCCUCUCAGUGCUCUCUCUGUCUUCUGAGUGCACCUCCUUAGCUUCAGAGCUGCCCAAAGUGUCCUACGUCAAGGCCAUUGACAUCUGGCUCAUCGCGUGUCUGCUGUUCGGCUUCGCUUCGCUAGUGGAGUACGCUGUGGUUCAAGUGAUGCUCAACAGUCCAAAGCACAUCGAGGCAGAGAAGGCCAAGAUAGCUUCCAAGGAGAAGGCUGCGGGGAAGAGUCCUGGCGUCAAGAACAACACCAUCAACGGGACUGGAGGGACGCCGCUGCAUGUCAGCACCUUACACGUGGGGGAGACCCGCUGCAAAAAAGUGUGCACCUCCAAAUCUGACCUGAGGACCAACGACUUCAGCAUCGUGGGCUCGCUCCCACGGGACUUUGAGCUGUCAAACUUUGACUGCUACGGGAAACCCAUCGACACCGGCUCUGCUCUUGGUAAAUCCCUGGCCAAGAACAAGAAACCACCUCCUCCGAAACCAGUAAUCCCCUCUGCUGCCAAAAGAAUUGACCUGUACUCGAGAGCACUGUUCCCUUUCUCCUUCCUCUUCUUUAAUGUGAUUUACUGGUCCAUAUACUUGUGAUUAUGUGGUCUUAUUAUUCCCAAUCCUAUAGUUUCAUGAGUUCUUUAUUGAUUGGACUGUAUAAAAGACUUACAGUUGCAAGUGAGCAUUGAGAAAUGUGAACUAGCUGCUGUGGAGAAAGUAAAAGUACUAUUUGUACAUUAACCCCCACUUGAUAAGAGUUUCUAUAUAUCAUAAAAGUUAUUGUUUUAUUUUUUUCCAAACUACGGAUAAAGAAUCAUAUAAUUAAAUACUUUAUGGAUCAAAUAUUGUACUUAAAAGAAGGCUGCUAAGAUAAAAUGGUUGUGACAGUGCAUCAGUGAAGAAAUCCCCAAAGAAUGAGUAAGAAGUGAGAAGAAGAUGCAAAGAAAGACUAAAGAUGAUUUUUU